AUGGUGCAAGAAUGUGGUUACAAACAACCGAUCCUCAUGGAUCCUCAGAAUUUCUGCACAGACGGGGCCUUUCCUGCCUGCCUGCCUGGGAGCUCCGGAGUUUCCUCUCCCGGGGCGCAGAAAGCGGCUGAUGCAGGCUCCUCUCUCCCCAAACGAGCGCAGCUGCAGCGUCUCUCCCCCCGCAGUCUCCCUUCUCUGGACGGAGGAGGCAGGAGCUGGGAGCCGCUUUCUCAGCCUCCCUUUGCCGAGAGACCCCGAGCAGCCCCAUCGAGCGGCAUUCGAGGCGUCGCUGACCCAGCCGGGCUGAAGGGAGCCCAGUCCCGCUGGUUUCCUGGGCUCUGCAGCCGUGAAGGGGUUAAAGGAGGCGAGCUGCAGCGAAGAGACGUUAUCGAGCCCUUUUCUUUGCAGAGAAGUGGAAACGCCUCCUCAGCCUCCUGUCCAGCAGAUGUAGAGGAGACUGCUGGGGAAUUCCAGGGGCUCUCUUUGGGAAUAGUCAAGAAUGAAGAUGCUGAAGAAAACUCUGGAGAUGGACCACAGAGGCAAGAGGAAAGCCACGCAGCAGGAGGUGAUCAGAGGAAUGAGGAGGAUGAGGAACUGCAUCAUGUUUCACCAGGGGAUGUCAAGAAUGAAGAUGUGAGAAGAAACAUCAGGAUACAAAGCAAGUCUCAGAGGCAGAAAAUCAGGCACUGGGUGAAGAAGAGGAAUAAAUCCAUUCCUUGCCAAGGGGGGGAUUUGCAAGAAGUAAUUCACAGUUUGGAGAAAACUUACAAGUGCAUGGAGUGUGGAAUGAACUUCUCAGAUCAAACCCAAUAUAAUAUACAUUAUUCAAAGCACAGUAUAGUGAAGGCAUGUAAAUGCUUUCGGUGUGGAAAGUACUUCAGAUACAAAUUGCAACUCCUUGUGCACCAAAGGAUCCACAGAGCGGAGAAACAUUUUGAACACGCAAUGUAUGGGAAGAAAUUCAGUCAAAGCUGCAUUCUUCAACAGCAUCAGAGAACACACACGGGGGAGAAGCCUUUCAAAUGCUCAGACUGUGGGAAGAGGUUCAGUCACAGUGGCCAUCUUCAAAGUCAUCUAAGAACCCACACGGGGGAGAAGCCUUUUGAAUGCUCAGAAUGUGGGAAGAGAUUCAAUCAUAAUAGUGAUCAUCAACGUCAUCUAAGAACCCACACAGGGGAGAAGCCUUUUGAAUGCUCAGACUGUGGGAAGAGGUUCAGUCAGAGUGGCAGCCUUCAACAUCAUCUAAGAACCCACACGGGGGAGAAGCCUUUUGAAUGCUCAGAGUGUGGGAAGAGAUUCAGCCGCAGUAACAAUCUUCAAAGUCAUUUAAAAACCCACACGGGGGAGAAGCCUUUUGAAUGCUCAGAGUGUGGAAAGAGAUUCAGUCAUAAUAGCGGUCUUCAACGUCAUCUAAGAACCCACACAGGGGAGAAGCCUUUUGAAUGCUCAAAGUGUGGGAAGAGAUUCAGUUUUAGUAACAAUCUUCGAAGUCAUCUAAGAACCCACACAGGCGAGAAGCCUUUUGAAUGCUCAAAGUGUGGGAAGAGAUUCAGUUUUAGUAACGGUCUUCGAAGUCAUCUAAGUACCCACACAGGGGAGAAGCCUUUUGAAUGCUCAGAGUGUGGAAAGAGAUUCAGUCAUAAUAGUGGUCUUCAACGUCAUCUAAGAACCCACACAGGGGAGAAGCCUUUUGAAUGCUCAAAGUGUGGGAAGAGAUUCUGUUUUAGUAGCAAUCUUCGAAGUCAUCUAAGAACCCACACAGGGGAGAAGCCUUUUGAAUGCUCAGAGUGUGGGAAGAGAUUCAGCCGCAGUAACAAUCAUCAAAGUCAUUUAAGAACCCACACAGGGGAGAAGCCAUUUGAAUGCUCAGAGUGUGGGAGGAGAUUCAGCCAAAAUCGUGCUCUUCAAAAUCAUCUAAGAAGCCACACAAGGGAGAAGGGUUUUCAUUGCUCAGACUGUGGGAAGAGGUUCAGUCAUAGUGGCAAUCUUCAAAGUCAUCUAAGAAGCCACACAGGAGAGAAGCCUUUUGAAUGCUCAAAGUGUGGGAGGAGAUUCAGCCAAAAUCCUGCUCUUCAAAGUCAUCUAAGAAGCCACACAGGGGAGAUGCCUUUUGAAUGCUCAGAGUGUGGGAAGAGAUGUAGUAACAGGAGAAAUCUUCAAAAACAUCGAAGAAUCCACACAGGGCAUAAAGUUUUGGAGUAGAGAUUCAUUCAGUGUGGUUAUCUUCAACAUCAUCUAAGAACCCACAAGGCGGAAAAACCAUGUCACUUCUUAGCCUAAGGGUGUUGAACCGAUUUUUUUACAGUGAUCUGACAGAAAUGUCACUGUGUUGGGCCAUGUGUGCCCUAUAGUGUAAUGCCAGGUACCAGAGAUAUUAACUUUAGAAAGAACAUAAAGGUAGUCCCCUGUGCAAGCACCAGUCGUUUCUGAUUCUGAGGUGACGUUGCAUCAUGAUCGUUUCAUAGCAGAUUUUACGGGGUGGUUUUCCAUUGCCUUUCCCAGUCAUCUACACUUUCCCUACAGCAAGCUGGGUACUUAUUUUACCGACCUCUGAAGGAUGGAAGGCUGAGACAACCUUGAGCCGGCUACCUAAACCCAGCUUCCACCGGGAUCGAACUCAGGUCAUGAGCCGAGCUUGGACUGCAACCCAAUUAACAAUAUUAUUUUUUACUUAAUAUACAAACAUACUUACU